GAAAUAAUCCAUGGUUAACGGUCUUUGUGUGGGGGAUAGGAGGCGUGACUGGAGAUAAAGUUAUCAAAUCACGGCAGAGAUCCGUCACAAAAUAUAAACGAAUUUUGAAAUAGCACUUCGUUAAGUUUCAACUCUCGAACGUAAGCACUUUCUCUGUGAUUUGUCAAAAAAUACAAUGGAUACAUAUGAAAGUGUAUUACUUGUGAAAUCUGAAGUCUUUGUAUUUAAAAUACCGCCAAGGUCAACGAAUAGGGGUUAUCGAGCAGCUGACUGGAAUCUCCAAGAACCUACAUGGACUGGACGUAUGCGUCUUGUCUCUCAGGGAGACUCAAUUACUAUUAAAUUGGAAGAUAAAGUUACUGGAGAAUUAUUUGCAAAAUGUCCAAUUGAACAAUAUCCAGGAAUUGCAGUUGAACCAGUUACAGAUUCUUCUCGUUAUUUUGUUCUAAGAAUUCAAGAUGAUAAUGGAAGAUCAGCUUUUAUUGGUGUUGGAUUUUUGGAUAGAUCUGAUAGUUUUGAUUUAAAUGUUGCCCUUCAAGAUCAUUUUAAAUGGCUCAGAAAUCAAGAACAAAUUGAAAAGGAAAAAGAUACACCAAAACAAGAAUUAGACCUCAGAUUUAAAGAAGGAGAAACAAUAAAAAUAAACAUGAAAAUCACUAAGAAGGAUGGUAGUGAAGUUACUGCUAAAACAAAACAGCGUGUCAACACAAACUUGGGUUUACCACCUCCACCAGGUGGUGUAAAAAUUGCACCACCACCCGCAAAAACUCCAACAUCAUCUCCUGCACACAAACCUGCUCAGAAUCAAAAUCAACCAAGUUCUGAAUGGGGAGAAUUUGCAAGUGCAUCACAGCAAUCUCAAACUCAACAACCACCAACAGUAGGAAAUGCCAGUUGGGUUCAAUUUUAACUUGCAAGGUGUAUUAAAAUUUAAUAUAGCAGUGCUGUAGAAUCAUAGACUAUAUAUGCAUAUUGUAAUUUGUAUAUUCACUGUGUGCACAUGUAUAUUAAUAUGCAUGUAUGUUGCAUAUAGAUAUCUUUUAAGGGUAAUUAUUGACAAAGAUGUUUCUAUGUACAUGGUGAAUAGUAAAUCAACUACAUAUAUUUUACUAUAUUAUGAUAUAGUAUUUACAUAUUUUUUAAAUUUAUAUUUUGAUUCAAUUACAAAAUGAAUUAUAUCAAAAGGAGUUUCACUUGAAUUAAUGAAAUAUUCUGUUUAAGAAUUAACUAAAAUUCUUCAAUGGAACUUAUUUACUGAAAUUAGUAUGUUUUUAUAAAACAUUAAGAUAGACUAAAAAGUUCACACGGAUAUUUAAUUUCUCUUCUUUUCUUCUUCACAAAUGUUAGAAGAUGUACAUAUUAUAUCUCUGAUUUAAACAAAUUAUAUAAAGUGUGUGAAAUACUCAUAUUUUUUAUAUAAAUAGUUAACAAAUAAGUUUAUUGUCUUGUACAAAUUGAAAAGGGAGGUAGUUUGAACUAUAAGCAAUGUAUUAAGUGAUUAAAGAAUAAUAAGAAUACGUUUAUGAUAUCAAAUAUAAAAUUUUGCUAAUAACAAAGACGUUUAUCAGUAGUACAGUAUUAAAUACAAAAUACACUGAAACUAUUUCUGGUAUUGUCUAUUGCAUGGAUACAUUCUUUGUGAAAACCCUUAAAGGAAUAUGAAUUAAAUUAUAGUAUAUAGUUUUAAUUAAUAUUAAUUUACGGUAUUUGUACAUAAAGCAGGAAUUGUGCAAAUGUACGGCCUAAUUUUCUAGAUUAUAUUUCGAUUUUUUUUCACUAAUAAUCUACAAAAUGAUAUUUCACAUUAUUGUGCUAUCACGUAGUUGUAUUAUGAAAUAUGUAAGAUCUUUAUAUUACAUAUUUUUAUUUUUAAAAA